AUGCAGUCGACGAUAUUGAUGAAUGCGACGGAAACCAGCACCAAUUUACCAACGCCGUCGACGUGGGAUUCAGGUGGUAAGCACGUAAAAAUGCGUUUUCCGGUUUUCUUUUCUGUAUACAACUGUCAACUUAAGCGAUGGUCGAAUAGCCAGGCGGACCCCCGCAAAAGUAUCAAAUCCCACUAACGACACAGAGAGUUUUAACAGACCGAUUAUGCGUUGGAUACCAAGGGGUCGUUUGGUAAUCAUCUGAAAAUACAAAGAAUUGUAAUAUACGUGAGUAGCAUGUAGCCUCGUGCGUCAGCUAUAAUUACCAUCGGGAAAGAUAAGGUUUAUUUCAUGGUCAACUUCGACAGUUUAAGUUUUGGAUUUGUUCAGUUCAAUGGCACGAUCGUGAUUGAGGUGGCAAUCAGGUUAGCUUAGUUAAGUUUCUAAAGUACAUCUUAUUUCCAAAACAUGAAGACAUCUAAGGAAAGAAAAACUUAAGUCGAGUAUAUCAUCAUCACCUUGUGUUUGAGACGUAUCCGCUGAUAGAAAUUUUUCUAUUUCGCAGUCUAUGGAAUUAAAAAACUUUUUAUUACAAUGCACUGUUAUGCUCUCAAGUGAGGUUUUGCGUAAGUAUAGGUGUUCCAAUUUUAUUACUGCUAUAACUGUAAGUAUAUCUCGCAUACUGAACGACCAUAUGCGCAUUGAACCAGUGCAUAUUCUGAACCAGGUUGAUGUUGUUGUUUAUUUUUCAGAGCACGACUUCACAAACAUUGUAUCAACCGAAAUCAGCUCGCGGGACAACACGACUGAAAAAACCUCUAUAGGGAUUGUAGAACCCGACGAGCCUCCGCCAACAACCCCAAGUUCUUCAAAGGAAAAUAACGCCACGUUCUCAUCCUCAGAUCCGACUCUUUCAUACGGUAAAAAUUUUUACAAGUUCAAUCAAAGAAAAUCUCUUUAA